AUGGAACAAACAACGGGGGUAAGUGGUCAUGAACAUGUAAUUGAUAUUCCAAGGGAUAGCGGUCCUUCGGCCUCGGCAUCGCACAGUGUUGGUAGAGAGAACCAUGAAGGGUUUAAUCCUGUGGAUAGGCCUUCAACAAGAGCUGCAACGUCUGCCUUGCAGCCACCAGCAGCAAUAGGUCCUCCUCAUGCAGAAAAUACUUCAGGCACUAGGAGACGUGAUAACUAUGGUCGGCGACAUAGGAGCCCUUUGAACUCUGGACUAUGGAUUUCGGUUGAAGUUAUCGUUAAUGUUAGCCAAAUUGUUGCUGCCAUUGUUGUGCUAUCCCUGUCAAGGAAGGAACAUCCACAAGCUCCAUUGUUUGAGUGGGUCAUAGGUUAUACGGUCGGUUGUUUUGCCACUUUGCCACAUCUUUACUGGCGCUAUAUACACCGUAAUAUUGUGAACGGUGAGAAUGAGCCAGCACACUCACUUCAGGGCUCCUCGCAGAACAACUCGACUGAGCCCACUCCUGCAAGUGUAUCAGAACGGCGAAGGAAUGCUGCACGGAAUGCAGUUCUGGCUAACCCAAGGAUUAAUGCACUUUUUGACCACUUCAAGAUGGCCUUGGAUUGUUUCUUUGCCGUGUGGUUUGUUGUAGGAAAUGUGUGGAUAUUCGGUGGGCGUUCUUCGGCUAUUGAUGCUCCAAACUUGUACAGUUAUGCAUCGUGUUCCUCACCUUCAGCUGUAUUGGGUAUGCCAUGCCUUUCAUCCUCUGCGCAAUGA